CACUGUUGGAUCUAUUACUAUUUUUAUUUGAAAAUGUAAGAAAGUCAAAGAUAAAAAAGAAUUUUAUUUGUCAGUAUGUUGGCUACAGAUGGAUGUUAGAUGACUUUUAUUGCAAUAUGUUGUAGGAAUUUAUCCAACCCUUUUAGUACCGUGCAUAGAUUAUUGAUUCUGAGACCUACACUCUAAAAAAAGCAGUAAAAAUAGGGCACAAUAUACUGUAUUAAUAUGAAGGAAUUUUCUGUGUUCAUUUUUAGAAUGGUUUUACCUGUAUUUUACAUUUUGCACUGCAUUCAUUUGCAUUUUAGCAUUAAUGGAAAUGUCAGUAAAAUAAAGGAAAAUGUACUGGUAAUUUUCUGCCAGUACUUUAUAUGUUUUUUUACGGGAUUUUUUUUUACAGUGUACUUGUCCAACAGGUCAAACCACAGAAAAGACAAAAAACUAUUGCAAUAAUAAUGCAACCAUUACGGUAUAGAGAUAUGCUGUCAACAUCACACUCUUCAUGAUCAUGGGUGGUCAUGCACAUCCGUCCACAACCAAAGAGGAAAGUUACAAAAUCAUCUCUAAAGACUUUCACACAGUGUUUGUGCAUCUUUCAAAGAACUGGAUGAAGUAAACCUAUCCCAAUUAUGAACUUUAUUCCUGUUCAAAGAUAUUUUAAUUACGUUCAUAAAACAAAUCUGUAGAAAGUUGCUCAUGACUUCUUUGACACUUUGUCACAGUGUGAAGUAAAUGUCAUGUUAAACAAAGAAAGUAUGAUGCUUUGUGUAGAGGCCCUUUCAGUAACCUUGGCCAUGACAAGAUUCAGUAUUAGAGAAAAGGGCUGACUCUUCUCAUGCUUUUGAAGUUACUUUUCUUGUACGGGUGGCAAGAAAACUGACUGUUAAAUAAGAUCUCAUGUGUCUAGAAUUAGCGAUCUCUGUCGACAUCAUCAGUCAUGCAGAACAGUGAUGACACCGAUAUAUAUUUAAACGUGAAUGAAUUUGUGUUUCUGUAAUACACUGCAUUUUAUUUAUUUCCAUUCCAGAGGAAUAACGCCACAAUCGCAAGGUUUAAUUUCACACGAAAUCGAUUGCAGUCUGUAUUUUAAAGAAUAGACCUGCUAAGCUACAUAUUAAAGGAGUCGAAUGCUGGUAUGUUACCAUACCACUUGUCAAGAUGAUGAUCCUAUCAUUAUUUUGCGGUCAAGCUGGAACUCACAAUGCAAAACAUGAAUAACAGAUAUUUGUCACAUGACUCUGAACAGACCUAAUAAAUCAUCCGGCAUCUGAGGAGUGCAUCACUUUGAAUAUUGGGACUUAACGUGCCCAUGACAGCAUCUGACUUGGACUAAACACAGAAAUCUGAACAUCAUGAAGACCCAGCGAGGAGCGCUAAUGGUGUUUCUGUUAGCAGCAGUUACAAGUUUACAGUAUGGUACAGUCUCAUCUUCAGGAGCAAUAACUACAACAAACACAGAAACUACUUCACAAUGUCUCAAUUUCACUGUAAUUGUCACAUUUGCUACCAAUGAAACGUUUGUUCCUGAACUGUCCAAUCAAUCUUCAGAAACAUAUAAAAGUCGAGCAGAAAGAGUCAAACUUGAGUUUGAGACAGCCUUGAAAAGCAACAUGAGCAUUUUCAUUGAAUUAACAAAUAUUCAGUUCAUUAAUAAUGGCACAGUCGUCACAGAAAUAACUUUAGUGUUCAACUACAUGCCUGAAAACAGUCAAAUUACAAUCAUUAUUCGGGCAGCUGCUACAUCUUUUAUUAUCAUAAAUGACCCAUCCAUUACAACACCAAGAUGCCAAACUACAGCUCAACCAACAACUUUAACCUCACCAUCAACAACCACAAGUCCACCAGAAACAACCACAAGCCCACCUGCAACAACCACAAGCCCGCCAGAAACCACAAACCCACCAGAAACAACCACAAGCCCACCAUCAACAACCACAAGUCCACCAGAAACAACCACAAGCCCACCUGCAACAACCACAAGUCCGCCAGAAACCACAAACCCACCAGAAAAAAUCACGAGCCCGUCUGCAACAACCACAAGCCCACCAUCAACAACCACAAGUCCACCAGAAACAACCACAAGCCCGCCUGCAACAAUCACAAGCCCACCUGCAACAACCACAAGCCCACCUGAAACCACAAACCCACCAGAAAAAAUCACGAGCCCGCCUACAACAACCACAAGCCCACCUGAAACAACCACAAACCCACCUGCAACAACCUCAAGCCCACCAGAAACAACCACAAGCCCACCAGAAACAACCACAAGCCCAAAUGCAACAACCACAAGCCCACUUGAAACAACCACAAGCCCACCUGCAACAAUCACAAGCCCACCUGCAACAACCACAAGCCCACCUGAAACAACCUCAAGCCCAACUGAAACAAUCACAAGCACACCUGCAACAACCACAUGCCCACCUGAAACAACCACAAGC